AUGGGCAAACAAAUUGAACCUUCUGAAAAUAUCCUUAUCAUUUAUAUUUUAAAAGAAGGCGAUGCAGUCACGACCUCACGUCAUGAUAAAAAAAAAGGACGUAGAAAACAAAAACAGAGUAGCAAAACAGUGCCUCACCUCUUACUUCCUUCUCUCUCUUUUACGCCCUUCCUCUUCUCCCUUCUCAUUCCUCCAUUUCUGUUCUAUACUGUGUUUGAUCUUCCAUGGCCGACCGUGUUCACCCCACUCUUAACCCUGAUUCCGCUUCUAAUAAUCCGCUCAAAAGCCCUCCUUCUUGCUACCUACGUCAUCCAAAUCCCCAAAGACCAAGUCUACCGAAUUCCUCCUCCUGAAAACGCCGCCCGCUUCAACCUCUACACUCGCCACCACCACCGCCCCUCCCCCUGCCGCCGUUUCCUCUGCUUCAUUCUCCUACUCCUCCUCCUCUCGGCCAUCACUUCCGCUCUCGUCUUCCUAAUCCUCCAACCUGACCUUCCUCGCUUCUCCAUUCUCGCUGUAUCCAUCAGCAGAAUCAAACCAAACACCACCUCAUUCUCUCCCCAAUUCAAUGUCACAAUACGAGCAGAAAACCACAACAAAAAUAUCGGAAUCUACUACGAGAAAAACAGCACCGUCUCCAUGAAUUUAUCGGAUGUGAUGCUGUGCGAAGGUGCAUUGCCGUUGUUGUACCAGCCACCGAGGAACGUGACGGUAAUGAGAGUAAAGGUGAAAGGAUCUGGUAUCAGAUUAUCGAGUAGUACGGGUAAAGCAUUUGAGGAUUGGGAGAAGGAAGGGAAAACACUGAGAAUGAAGGUGGAUGUGAGAGGUCCAAUGAAGAUGAAGUUGUACUGGAUGGAGAUGAGAUGGAGGAUUAGGGCAAAAGUAACAUGCAAGAUAUUGGUGAAGAAGGAAAUGGGGAAGACGAAAGUGAUGGAGGAGAAGUGUGAUCAUAGCAUGAAGCUGUGGUAGAAAAACACUAUCUGUACCCAUCCAGAAUUACGUGCGUGCUCGUGUGUGGGAUUGCAUGAGGAGUCUUUUCCGUAAUUUCCUUUCUCUUAAAUUUAGUUUGAGGCUCUCAAGUUUAAUUGUUAGGAUACCAAAUUUUGCUUUUCCUUUUUUUUUUCUUCCUAAUAUUUCAGUAUUUUUCAAUGUGAGUGAAACUAUAAAAAAUACUUUCUGAUA